GCGGCUUCAUGUGGGCAAGUAGCCAUAAAGGGGACCGCCAGGCACUCACAAGUCGCAAGGUGGCUGGAAUUCUCAACAACGAAGCCCCCUUCGUCUUCCCCACACAGACAAAACUUUCUCGCUAGGAAACAAUGACUUCUAAAACGUUAUCUUCACCAACCCAAUAUAUAAUCCAUCCACCACCCAUUUCCACACCAAAGACUGGUGCUUGUCUUCCCUUUCAAGACUCUUAUCAUAACACGAUUAAUUAAUCUAUUUCUUGACGGGUCCCAUAUACCAAGUUCGGUCCAUUGCUUUCCCUUCCCCUCUUGCACUUCUCUCCGCCAUCUCUUUCCAAGACAGACGAAAAACCACCUUGGCAGCUUCAAGGCUUCAAGUCACAGUGCUUCUUGGAUAUUGCCAACAUCUUUCGCUACUAAAUUCCCUUCCUCUCCUUAAAUACAGCUGACACACCUUGCCAAAAUUUAACCCUUUCACUUUUCAGUUUCUUCUUUAUCUCUUUUUUGCUUCCUUGAAUAGGAUCCCAAGUCCUAGCUCUCGUCACAUGGACUGGAUUGUCCAUGUCUGGUUAAGAACAUGAGCAAUGCAUGAGUUAGAGCUGACACCCCUCCGGUUGUAGAUUCCCUUAAUGUCCCUUCUCUUUCAUGUCAUAAGCGUCUGAUUUCAGUUCCUUUCAGCGUACAAAACGCAUUGCUGCCAUUCAAGAUCCAUCUUAAUUCUAUAAAGCUAACGCCCCCAUCUCCCAUUCAAGAUGGAUUUAGCAGUAGCCAUAUUACUGGUAUUGUUGAAUUUGGCAUCACGGUGCACUUGCUCAGAUAGCCGGCUUCUUGUUAAGAUGACCCUGGUUCCCAAUGCUUCCAAAAUUGGUGGCUUUUGCUUGGAUGGAAGUUUGCCAGCGUAUCACUUGCACAGAGGAUUCGGUGCUGGUGCACGCAACUGGCUUCUGCAAUUUGAGGGAGGUGGAUGGUGCAAUGAUAUCCAAUCAUGCUUGGAGAGAGCCCAAACGCGGCGGGGAUCUACCCUCUACAUGAACAAGUUGGAGGAUUUCAAUGGAAUCCUAAGCAACAAUGCCUCUCUUAAUCCAGAUUUUUACAAUUGGAACCGUGUGAAGCUUAGAUAUUGUGAUGGAGGCUCGUUUUCUGGAGAUGCCAAGUUCGACAAUGGGACAUCAGUCCUUUACUUUAGAGGGAAAAAGAUUUGGGAAGCAAUCAUUCUUGAUCUUCUCCCCAAAGGCUUGAUGCAUGCACGCAAGGCUUUGCUUUCAGGUUGCUCUGCUGGGGGUUUAUCAUCCUUUCUCCAUUGCGAAAACUUUGCCAGGAUAUUACCGAGGAAUACCAGUGUGAAAUGCUUGAGUGAUGCCGGUUUUUUCAUGGACGAAAGAGACGUCACUUUGAACCACACUAUGAGGAACUUCUUUGAAAACCUUGUUUCUCUACAGGGGAUUGAAGAGAAUCUCAAUAAGAACUGCACUAGUUUCCUCAACAACCCAAAACUGUGCAUGUUUCCGCAGUAUUUCUUAAAAUACAUCACAACACCAUUCUUCAUCUUGAACACAGCCUAUGAUGUUUACCAAUUCCAUCAUGCAUUGGUUCCACCUUCCGCUGACACGAGAGGACACUGGAACCGUUGCAAGCUUAACAUAGCAUCAUGUAACACACGACAGCUUGACAUAUUGCAAGAUUUCAGGCAAGACAUGCUGGUGGCGUUGCUAUCAUCUCGCAUAUAUUCUAGAAGAGGGGGAUUGUUUAUAAAUUCAUGCUUUGCUCAUUGCCAAAGUGAGUCACAAGACACAUGGUUUGCGCUAGACUCCCCGCAAAUACACAGUAAGACCAUUGCAGAAGCCGUUGGCGACUGGUAUUUUAGUAGAAAUACAAGCAAGUUAAUUGACUGUGCAUAUCCAUGCGGCACCUCCUGCCAUAACAUUGUAGCAUAGUUCAUUGCAUAGGUUUCGUACACGGGAAAGACAGAUGGGAAAACAGAGAUUUUUACUAGCUUCGUUGCUAGAAUCCUGGAGAUACCAUGAAAGAAAAAGAAGAGUGUAAAGAAGGGAUGCUAAAGGAAGUGCAGGAAACGAUUGAUGGAGUUCAGAACAUUUUUUUUUUUUUACUCUAGAGGAAAUCAUAAGCUGGUGAGAAAUAUAGUAAAAUCAAUAUCAACACAGAGAAGGUUCACAGAUUUUUUCAAGUUAGGCAGUGAAAAAAUUGAAGGCUUUAAAUAGGAUGACGAUGACAUCAAGGAGGAGAGUGAUAGAGAGAGGUCUCAAAAACUAGUUGAGAUGAGAAAUAUGGUGAGGAUGUUUAGUAUUUACAGGAGUGAUUGAUUCAAAAUAUUCUCUUCCGUGGCUGCCCAUAAUCACACUUCUUUUUUCUAA